AGUCUCUUAAAGUCACUGGCGAGGUUCAGCAACUUGAAGUGCAGUAUUAUUCUGUGGCUCUCUACCUUCAUAAUAUACGUUUGUCACGUUGCUUGUUUCUUGAAGCUCUAUGCUUUUUGACAAUUUUAUAACCUUCAACUUAAGCUCACUAAAAAUGCUUGUGUAACCUGUCAUUAAUAUAAGAAUUCAUUUCCAACUCUUCCUUCAGUUACUGUUAUUACUGAUAAACAACGGUUUGUCCUUUGAGAUUUUUGAAGGAUCAAUACAAGAACUGCACGUUUUCACAUAUAAAAACAGUCUACUUUAGUUGAGACCCAGAUCCAAAGGGAAAAUCAGUUCACCAUUUCUGUUCAAUAAGAUUUGUAGUACUGUUUAUUUAUCUCAUUUUAGAAUCACUACAUGAACUGAACAAUUUUUAGCAAUAAUAAAGAAUAACUGUAUGGUGAAGUCAAGUGUAGCAUUAUUGUGCAAAAGUACUUCAGCGUUGAAGAGACGUAAAAUCUAUGAGACAUCUGAGAAGUGCUUAAAACAGAUUACACAUUUAUACCUAAAUGGUAAAAAUCUAGAUGAACUGGGUCAGGAAAUCGCUCUGUGUCAGUGCCUAACUGUUCUCUACCUGUAUGACAAUAAGUUGAAAUCUAUACCAGAAUACUUAAACUUAACCCAGUUGACACAUUUAUAUCUUCAAAAUAAUCGCAUAAGUCGUAUGGAAAACUUGAACUCAUUAGAGAAGUUAGAAAAGCUUUUCCUCAGCCGAAAUUGUAUCAGUAUAAUUGAAGGCUUGGAAGGAUUAAUCAGACUGCAAGAAUUACGCAUUGACAACCAAAAUUUGAAUCCAGGCGAAAGUCUAGUCUUUGAUGAUCGUAGUCUGAAUUCUGUAGCAAAUAGUCUUAUAUGCUUGGAUGUGUCAGGUAACAAACUGGACACCCUACAAGAUUUGAGUAACCUUCAUGCCUUAAUCUCUUUGAAUGUAUCGAAUAAUUCCAUACGAUCUAUCCAUGAUCUAUCUACAUCACUGAAUAAAUGGUCAAACCUUAAAGAGUUCCAUAUAAAAGGCAAUCCUGUCAUGAAAACAACUCGAGCAAGAGAUAUCAUCAUUGUAACUGCAAAACGUCUAGAAGUGCUGGAUAAUAAGGUGAUAUCUGAACCAAAUAGACAAUUUUUAGAAAAUUGGAACCAGUAUAAGAGUUUUAAUCUCGAAUUGUCAAAAUGUCCUAUGAACAAGCAAAUUUCACUUGGUUCGAAACCUGAACUGAUAGACUUAUCACAUCAGUAAUUUAAAAAAGUCUCCUGCAAGUUGUGAAUUGCGACGAGAAUGAACAAUAUAAGUGUUCAUGUGUUUUAAAAAUCUAUUUAUGUUUAUUUCACUUGUGAGCUA